AUGGGGCCACACUACCUGUGCUGCCGCCACCAUCUGGCACGAUUCAGGAAUCAGAAACCCUCACCUGCUGCAUGUGCGAUGCCUAUAGAGCUAUCGUCUGAUGAAAAGUCGCUGCGGGACGUCUCAAUCCAGGUACCACUCCCCCGGGGCACAGACCAUGACAUUGCCGUUCUGAGCGACCGGGAUGCCGCGGAGAUCCUACCUUACGAAGCCGAUGAUUCCCCUUUCCCGGAGGUACGGGCUGCUGUGCAGCCCAAGGAUGAUGUACUGCUACCGAUUAAUACCGUUCGCAUGUGGAUAAUUGGACUUCUCUUCACCGUAGUUGGAAGCGGUUUGAAUCAGUUUUUUAGCUUGCGGCAGCCUAGUGUCACCAUCAGUGCGCUGGUUGCACAGCUGGCUGCAUACCCUGUUGGCUGUGCUUGGGCCCGAUGGAUGCCGCUGGGUCGAUUGAAUCCGGAUCGCCAUUUCAACAUCAAAGAGCAUGCCUUGGUUACGAUUAUGGCCAAUGUCUCGUUUGGCUCGGCUGCAGCAACCCAGGUCAUCGAAGCCAUGGUCAAGUUCUAUGGCAUGCCCUCCAAGGGUGGCUUCGAGAUCCUGUUCACCAUCACCACGCAGUUGUUUGGGCUUGGUCUGGCUGGGAUGGCCUCACGCUGGCUCGUGGGGCCCGCAACGAUGAUCUGGCCACAGGUCCUAUCCAACGCUGCGCUUCUGUCUACCCUGCAUUCUCGGUCCAAUAUUCUUGCGGAUGGCUGGAUCAUUUCACGCCUGCGCUUCUUCCUCCUAGUUUUGUUCGCUGGAGCUAUUUGGUAUUUCGUUCCAGGCUACCUCUUCACAGCGCUGAGCACCUUCAGCUUUAUCUGCUGGAUUGCGCCAACGAACGUAGUCCUCAAUCAGCUGUUUGGCCAGCGGACUGGGCUAGGCAUGUCGGUGUUCACAUUUGACUGGGCGCAAGUAGUCUUUGCCAACCAAAGUCCGCUUUUGGUUCCUUUUUGGGCUGGGUGUAAUGUUAUGGGGUCAUUUGUUCUGUUUUUCUGGAUUAUCUGCCCGAUUUUGUACUACACUAACACCUGGUAUUCUGCCUACUUGCCACUGCUCAACCCCAAUACCUUUGACAAUAAGGGUCAACCUUACAAGGUUAAUCGUGUCAUGAAUCCAGACGGUUCGGUGAAUGCAGAGGCUUACCGCAGCUACUCCCCCAUGUUCCUUCCGGCGGGUUAUGCGGUGACUUACGGGGUCGCGUUUGCGAACCUGACUGGUAUCUUUGUCCACAUUGGACUUUACCAUUGGAAAGACCUAUGGGAGCAAUGGAAGGGACGGAACAAAAAAGAUAUCCAUUCGCGACUGAUGCAGUCGUACGUCGAAGUACCAUGGUGGUGGUUUGGCGUUGUGACGCUCCUGAUGUUUGUCCUGAGUAUUGUGACCAAUGAAGUGUGGCAUACGGGCUUACCCGCUUGGGCGGUGCUUCUGGCGUAUCUGUUACCGGCGGUCUACUUCAUUCCAAUUGGGAUUAUCAAAGCGGUGACUAAUAUCUCGAGCAACCAGCUGAACUUAAUCACAGAGUUUAUCGGAGGAUAUGCAUUCCUCGGACGUCCUGUUGCCAAUAUGGCUUUUAAGUUCUAUGGAUAUGUGGCUGUAUCACAAGGACUUGAGUUUGUUGCCGACAUGAAACUCGCGCACUACCUGCACAUUCCUCCCCGCAUACUGUUUCUGGCUCAGGGACUGGCUACGCUGAUCGGCGCUGCAGUGCAAUGCGGUGUGACCGUACUUAUGAUUACUCGGGUUGAUGGUAUUUGUGAACCAGAUUCAGCCGGUGGAUUCAGUUGCCCUCAUGGACAUGUGACGUACUCAUCGUCUCUGAUAUGGGGCGCGCUCGGUCCUGCGAGAAAUUUUUCCUCGGGUGAGAUUUAUGGCAAUCUACUGUGGUUCUUCCUAGUUGGACCUGUUGUUGUGGUCAUCACAUAUCUCCUGGGACGUCGCUGGAAGCAGUUCAGCUAUGUGUCAUGGCCGGUAGCGUUCGGCGCUAUGAGCCAGGUCCCUCCAGCGACGGGGAUCAGCUUUUCCUCGUGGUGGAUAGUGAACUCCAUCUUCAAUGGAAUCAUCAAGCGACGGAAACCGGCUUGGUGGGCGAAGUAUAACUACGUUCUGUCUGCCGCAUUGGACUCGGGCGUCGCUGUAGCCACCGUGGUCAUCUUCUUUUGCAUUAUUCUUCCCGCUGGCACGCUGCACUGGUGGGGGAAUGAGGUAUUUAAGCAGACGGCUGAUGGGAUGGGGACUCCGUGGAAGAAGCUGCCCGAAUCAGGAUUUUUCGGGCCCGAGAUAGGGACAUGGCAGUGA